GCUACACGAACGCUCCGAGGGAGUUAGCAAACUGUGCCAGCGAGGGUCAUCCUUGUGGGACAAUCCGCUUUGAGAUAUCUCAAGGGGGCAAAGGCCUCUUCUCCAGUCACAUGGCGAGGUGGAAGCGAGUCGAGCUUUCUCCACGUCCUGCGGACCCCGAGCCUCAACUGCCGGCUGCCGUGCAUGGCCAGCUCAAUGAAAGCACGAUGGGCAGAGGACACUUGAGGCAGACUUGCUUGGCUCUCAGGUCCCGGUUCCCCGUUGCAGCUGUCAUGUCGACACCCGUCGUCAAGCGAAAGCGUCCCAACGGCCUUGCAUAUGAGCCCUUCACCACCAUGUGCUCUCCCGUGAAGCCGGCGCAAGUGUCAAAGCAGGGGGCCGUCUGCGCUCCCUGGACUGGCCGAUGCGGUGCGACCGCUAUUUGUGACAACACACCAGGGCAUCAUGGCUUCUUCCCUCCAGGAGCGGAGAAAACGGCUGUCAGCCUUUGCUUCUUCCCCAAUAAUCGAGUCGGUCGACUUCGCAUCGUCACAAUUUACCUCGUCACAGUUUACCUCGUCUUGGGCAUCGCUGCACAUGGUGGUGUUCCCACUUCAAGUCCAAGUACCAGGGACCCAUUGUUUCGAAUUGACAGUGUUCCUAGGGCGAAGCAUGCUAUGACGGAAUCAUACCGACAUCGUUAUAGCGAGUUUGCCCAUCAGGAACGAACACGACUUGCUUUGGGUCCACCACUCUCGAUCGCGACUCAUGUUCUCGAUGGAUCUUGAGCCGUGCAUACGGGGCUGUCGCUGUCUGGGACAUGGCACAUGAGUCGUCCUACUCACAAGUGUCAACGACUCGCUCCUGUCGCUCCUCACUUACCCCA